AUGGCGACGCGAGGGGUGACGGUGGUGUUCGGCGAGGAGCGGUUCAAAAUGGGCCUGGAGAAACGGGGGACGGAGGGGCGGAAGAAGAAGGAACAGGGGAAGGAGGGGCGGAAGAAGAAGGAACGGGGGAAGGAGGGGCGGAAGAAGAAGGAACGGGGGAAGGAGGGGCGGAAGAAGAAGGAACGGGGGAACCCCCUCACCUCCCAUUGCCCAUCGCAGCAAUGCCAGUACCAGCCAUCAAAAGGGGAAUUCCGUGACGCUGCGUUGAGGCAGCUGCUGGUUUGGUUCAAGUCCUGGUUCAGAGGAAAGCAAGUGCGUGCGGCAAGCUGGGGAAGGACGCCCGUGUCAUCCCCAUCCAUCCUCCCUCCCCCUCACCACCAUCUUCUUCUCCUAUCUCCUCACCAACCCGUCACCUCCUCCUCACCAACCCGUCACCUCCUCCUCACCAACCCGUCACCUCCUCCUCACCAACCCGUCACCUCCUCCUCACCAACCCGUCACCAUAACCUUGAAUUGCCGGUUCCUCGUCUCCAUGCCUUCGUCUGUCCUCUGCCCUCGUUUGUUCUUCCCUGCCCUCGUAUAUCCUUCCCUCUCCUUGUGCUCUCUCCCUCCCGCUUCCCCCCGCCUCUGCCUCCUCUUUGCACGCAGAUGGGUGGACUCCCCUCCGUGCCCCCGCUGCCACACCCCCACCUGUGCCAUCCCCUGACGACCUGCUGUGGGGGGGACAGCGCGUGCAGCUGCACAGGUGAGGGACGAGAGGGGAAAAGAGGGGAGGGAGGGGGGUGUGUGAGGCAUAAGUUGGAGGGAGAGGAGUACCCUCACUGCUGCUCCCCCACAUGUGCCUUCUCUUCCAUGGCAACGGCACUCCUUCCACAGCGGGCCGAGCUGCACAGGUGCAAGCAGUGCAGCCUGGUGGCUCGCCUCGUGCGAUACAACGACCCUGCCAGGGGAUUAGCCAACCCUGAGUCAUCCCUUUUUCCUUCUCUUUUCCUCCUCUCCUACCUUCCCCCCUUCCCCCCUCCUCCCGCCACACAGCUCAUGGACACCAGGAAGGGCGGCUGUGGCGACUCCCGGACACCAGGAAGGGCCGCUGUGGCGAGCCGGCCAACGCCUUCACUCUCUGCUGCCGGGCUCUGGGUGGGCUAUGAUGCCAGGCAGGCAGUGGAUUGGAGAGUCCAUGUGUGGACUGAGUGCUACUCGAACGCGAAGCAGAGGUGGGGCAAGAAGCUGAUAUACGUGUUUGGAGUGGGGAGCUUCAGCACAGGCGGACAGAACCAUCAGAGGCAGGAGCAACCGCAGCAGUGGCAGCGGCCUUUGCAUUGCAGAGCAUCGGUCGCUUCUUUUCUUCAACCGGCCUUUUCCCCUCCCACUGUUCCCCCAACCGCCCAACCCUUACCCUCCAAUCAGCUCCAGCACAGGCGGACAGAAGCAUCAGAGGCAGCUGUAGCAGCGGCAGUGGCGGCGGUGACAGCAAGGGCUCGAGCCAGCCUUGGUGGGGAUGAGAGGAGGCGGUUGGAGGAGAGGGAUCCAAGGGAGAGAGAGGAGCUGAGCGGCGUGAGGGGAGGAGGGGAGGAGGAAAGAGGGGAGGGAGGGGAGAGGGAUGGUGUGGUGUUGGGAGGGAGGCAGACCGGUUCUGUGGAGUGGAGAGCAGCAAGGGGGAAACUAGGUUUGGAGAGGAAGGGAGAUGGGGGGAAAGAGGGAGGGAAAGGGGAGGCUGAGUGGGGUAAAGCAGGAGUGAAAGAGGGGAAGGAUGGGAGGUUGGAGAGGAGGAUAGAGGAUGGGCAUAUGGGUGCGCUGCUGCUGGGAAUUGGGGACAUGUGCUGUGAUGUUAUUGGCUCUCCUGGUCUAGAAACAGCAUCAACCACAUUAGCAGCAGCGGAGCAAAAAUCGUCAAAUCCGUGUUUAGACGCUCUCCUCUCUCUGCUCUCUGUUCUGCGCUCACUCACCUUCCGCUCCUACUCGUUGCCACUCAACAACAAACAAUGUGAUCCAUUUUGCAAGUCACUCUUGGAUGCAGCAGCGAUGUCAACGUUCAAUGCGAGUGGCAGCAACGAAGGAACGAACGAACGAGAGUCCCUCCUGACUGCCAUGGGGGUUCAGAUCUGGAAAGAGGGAGAGAACAAGGGGAGUGAGGGGACAGGGUGGGUGAUGGGGGUGAAGGACUGUGAAACUCGAAGAGAAGAGGGAACGUGUGAAAAUGGGAAAGGGGGAGCAGCAGGGGUGGGAGGAUGGAGGUACGGACAAAGGGUUGUGCUAGCAGCUAUGGCAUUACAAGCAGCACAGGAGGUGCUGCCACGUGUCAAGCAGGCAUUGGAGCAGAUGCGGGCAGGGAAUGAUGGGGAUGGAGAUGCGGCACGGCUGCAGGCAUUGGGUCGAUGGUACUUUAUCCUUGAGAUGGCCGUAUCGGCAUGCGAUGCAUCGCUGCACACCAAAUGGCUGCACCAUCAGGGAGGGAAAGGUAUGCUGUUAUCAGCUGCCAUGCCAUAUUGUGCCAUGCUGUGA